AGUGUGGCCGGGCCGGGCGCGCACCCUCCCUGAACGCUGCCUGCGGCUGCCGCUGGUAACUCUUUUCCUGUUUGCAGUAAAAAUGGCAGAAGCAACUGCUGACCCUCCAGAGAAGCUUGUUGUUAUCCAUUCCAAGGCUCACAGAGAUACCAUUCUAGCUAAUUUUGCGGAACAAAGGAAAAAGAAUUUUCUUUGUGAUAUCACUUUAAUAGUAGAGGAUGUGCACUUCAGAGCCCACAAAGCUUUACUUGCUGCCAGUAGUGAGUACUUUUCAGUGAUGUUUGUAGAUGAGGGAGAGAUAAGCCAGUCAAUUUAUAUGUUGGAGGGAAUGGUUGCAGACACUUUUGGUGCACUACUGGAAUUUAUCUACACAGGUUAUCUCCAAUCCAAUGAAAAAAGUAUGGAACAAAUCUUGGCAACUGCACAACUCCUAAAAGUGAAUGAUUUAGUGUGGGCACAUGCAGAUUAUCAGACCAGCCAUAGCCCAAAUAAUGUAUUACCUCUCACAUCUAGUAGUGGUGCUUCAGUAGUUGUCUUUGCAAAUGACAAGAAAAAUGGCGAUCCACCAAAGCGAAAACGAGGAAGACCAAGAAAAGUCAAGAACGUUCAAGAGGAAAAAUUUGGGACAACUUCUAUUGAAGAUGUGCAGCUAAGAGAGAACAACUCGGUGCAAAAUAAACAAAAUUUUAUGAAAAAAGUUGCAGCGGAAGAAACCGUUGCCAGUGAACAAGUUCCAGUAAGGAAAGAAGUGGAAGAAACUGAGCCAGCUUGUGGUUCAGAAGCUGCUGUAGAUCUGUCAGCUGAGAAGGAUGAGAAUUAUGAUCCUAAAUCUCAAGGAAUACAGAGCAAUCAGAGUCGUUAUAGCAAACGUAGGAUACGGAGGUCUAUCAAGCUAAAAGAUUAUAAACUUGUUGGUGAUGAAGAUGUAAAAGUAUUGACAAAGAGAACUGAUAGAAAAAGAAAACGCACAGGUUCUGAAGCUUGUUGCAAAGAAUGUGGCAAAGUGUUUAAAUAUAAUCACUUUUUAGCUAUUCAUCAGAGAAGUCAUACAGGAGAACGCCCUUUUAAAUGCAAUGAAUGUGGUAAAGGCUUUUCCCAGAAGCACUCUCUUCAGGUUCAUGAGCGGAUGCAUACUGGAGAGCGACCAUAUACCUGUACUGUCUGUAGUAAGGCUUUAACAACAAAACAUUCUCUUUUGGAACACAUGAGCCUACACACAGGACAGAAGGCUUUUACAUGUGAUCAGUGUGGGAAGUAUUUUAGCCAAAAGAGACAACUGAAGAGUCAUUACCGAGUGCACACAGGCCAUUCAUUGCCGGAAUGUAACCAGUGUCAUCGCAAAUUCAUGGAUGCAGCUCAGUUAAAGAAACAUCUAAGAACACAUACAGGUGAGAAGCCAUUUACUUGUGAAAUCUGUGGCAAGUCAUUCACAGCAAAAAGUUCUCUUCAGACUCACAUCAGAAUCCAUAGAGGAGAAAAGCCAUAUUCUUGUGGUAUAUGUGGAAAAUGUUUCUCGGAUUCCAGUGCAAAGAGGAGACACUGUAUCUUACACACCGGCAAAAAGCCUUUCUCCUGCCCCGAGUGUAAUUUGCAGUUUGCACGCUUGGACAAUUUGAAGUCUCAUUUGAAAAUUCACAGCAAAGAAAAACAAUUGCAAGAAUCAAGCAGUGCUCCUAGCAGCAGUAAUAGCUCAGAGGAGGUCAGAAACAUUCUUCAGCUGCAGCAGUAUCAACUGUCCACGUCUGGAGGACAAGAGAUUCAGUUGCUUGUCACAGAUUCAGUACAUAACAUAAAUUUUAUACCUGGUCAUAAUCAAGGUAUUAGUAUUGUUACUGCUGAGAACUCCCAAAAUAUGACAACAGGCCAGGCUGCUAAUCUUACGCUACUCACUCAACCACCCCAACAGCUGCAGAACUUGCUUCUUGCAGCCCAGCAGGAACAAGUAGAACAAAUCCAAAGUAUCAAUAUGAUGGAGAACCAAAUAGAGACUACACAAUCUGAACAAAUGCAUGUCAUCACUGUUUCAAAGGAAGCACUAGCACAUCUUCAUGCCCAUCAGGGGCAAACUGAAGAACUUCAUCUAGCAGCAGGAGCUCAGCACAUGCAGCUGACCCAGGAACCUAGUCGUCAGUCUCAUACUAACCAAGAUGCAGUCCAGUCCCAUCAAAUUAGUGAAGAACAGAACCAAAAUGUACACAUUUCUGAAUCACAUCUGCAAUCUUUGUCCAUAAACCACCCAUCUCAUGAGCAUCAGAUUCAAGGUCAGGCUUUUUGA